AUGAGGCUCUUCCUCCCAUUCUCCUCGCCGUUAUCCGCCACGUCACCUCCGCCGUUACCAGAACAUCAUCCACCUCCGUCAAAAAUCGACUACUCUGUUCUGAAUAAAAUUUUCAAAAAAUCAGUAAUCGGAACCCUAACCGGAGCUCUCUCCCUAACUCUCGUCCUCUCCUCUCCGAUUCCCUCCGUCGCCGCCUCUAUUGACCCUUACCUAUCUCUUAAUCCUCCUUCGCUAUCGCCUGAUUCUUCUCCGGAGGAUUGCCCUAACGAGGAAGAAGCUGAUACUGAUUUGGUAGAUGAUGACGUUAGGCCUCUGUUAGUAACUAAUGAAGGGAUUGUUGAGGAAGCUUGGGAGAUUGUUAAUGACGCAUUUCUAGAUACUAGAAGCAAUAGAUGGACUCCUGAAACUUGGCAGAAACAGAAGGAGGAGAUAUUGAGUAGUCCAAUUAAGAGUAGGCAAAAGGCUCAUGAGGUGAUUAAGAAAAUGCUGGGGAGUUUGGGUGAUCAGUACACUCGCUUUCUCUCACCAGAUGAGUUCUCCAGGAUGUCCAAGUAUGACAUCACAGGUAUUGGAAUAAACCUUAGAGAAGUUUCUGAUGGUGGUGGAAAGGCUAAGCUGAAGGUUCUUGGUAUUGUGUUAGACGGUCCUGCUGACAUUGCUGGCGUGAAACAGGGAGAUGAGAUUCUUGCUGUCAAUGGAGUUGAUGUUACUGGGAAAUCAUCAUUUGAAGUGUCAUCUUUGUUACAAGGCCCUAGUAAAACUUUUGUGGUUCUCAAGUUGAAACAUGGAAAAUGUGGACCGCUUAGGUCAAUUAAAGUCCAGAGACAAGUUAAUGCGCUGACUCCAGUCUCUUUCCGGUUGGAGAAAAUUGACAACGGGAAAAUCUCUGUUGGGUAUAUCCGUCUAAAAGAGUUCAAUGCUCUGGCUAGGAAAGAUUUGGUGAUUGCAAUGAAACGACUCCAGGAAAAGGGUGCAUCUUACUUCGUAAUGGAUCUUAGAGAUAACCUUGGUGGACUUGUGCAGGCUGGAAUAGAAACUGCUAAGUUGUUCCUAGAUGAAGGGGAUACGGUGAUAUACACAGCCGGGAGGGACACGGAAACUCAAAAGACUGUUGUUGCAGAUAGACAACCAUUGAUCACUGCCCCUCUUAUUGUAAUGGUAAAUAACAGAACAGCAAGUGCUAGUGAAAUUGUGGCAUCUGCACUUCACGAUAACUGUAAAGCAAUUCUUGUGGGUGAAAGAACGUAUGGAAAGGGUUUGAUUCAGUCGGUGUUCGAGCUCCGUGAUGGUUCAGGAGUUGUUGUGACAAUAGGAAAAUAUGUCACACCAAACCAUAUAGACAUCAAUGGUGGUGGAAUUGAACCUGAUUUCAGAAACUUACCAGCUUGGGAUGAAGUAAAAGAACGUUUGUCUAAGUGCAACACUCUCCAACAAAGCUGA